CUUUGGAUUAUUUAUACUACAAUAGAAUAUAAAUGCUGUGGAUACAGUUGUUGUACUUUAUUUUUUUAAUUUAACAAAUUGUUGUAUUGUUACUGUUUUUUUUGUACGGAUACUCUCUACCUGAGGUUUGUUGACUGCACAGAUGUGGAGGGCUGACUGUGCAUGACUUCUUUCAGUGUAUUGAGACUUCUUUUGUGAUGCAUCUUACGCUCUGUUUUGGUGAAUGUUCCACAUGCACCGGAAGGGGCCAUGACACCUGCGAGGCUUUUCUCAGCAAGAUCGAGGACCAUGUUUGAGGGCCUGGGGCACUGGGCUUUGUCCACGCAGGCUGGCCUCAAGCCCAGCCGGCUACCGCCACGGCAGCUUUCUCCCAGGCUGCUCUCAGUCGGCCGUAUGGACCACGCCAAGCAUCAGGAGCUCCCGGGGAAGAAGCCGCUCUCUGAGAAAAAGCUGAAAAGGUAUUUUGUGGACUCUCGGAGAGUGCUUGUCUGUGGAGGAAACGGAGGCGCCGGGGCAAGCUGCUUCCACAGUGAGCCCCGCAAGGAGUUUGGAGGCCCCGAUGGAGGGGACGGAGGCAACGGCGGGCAUGUCAUUCUGAGAGUUGAUCAGCGAGUCAAGUCCCUGUCAUCGGUCCUGUCGAGGUACCAGGGAUUCAAUGGAGAAGAUGGUGGCAGUAAAAACUGCUUCGGGCGCAGUGGCGCCGUCCUCUAUAUCCAGGUCCCCGUGGGCACGCUGGUGAAGGAGGGAAACAGAGUUGUGGCCGACCUGGCUCACCAGGGUGACGAGUACAUCGCCGCACUGGGCGGGGCGGGAGGGAAAGGCAACCGCUUCUUCCUGGCCAACGACAACCGUGCCCCUGUGACCUGUACUCCUGGACAGCCAGGACAGCAGCGGGUUCUCCACCUGGAGCUGAAGACGGUGGCCCACGCCGGGAUGGUGGGAUUCCCCAACGCUGGGAAAUCCUCGCUUCUCCGGGCCCUUUCAAACGCCAGACCCGCCGUGGCCGCCUACCCAUUCACCACCCUGAAGCCUCACGUCGGGAUCGUCCACUACGAAGGCCACCAACAAAUAGCAGUGGCCGACAUCCCCGGCCUCAUACGAGGCGCGCACCGGAACAGGGGCCUGGGGUCUGCUUUCCUCAGGCACAUUGAGCGCUGCCGCUUUCUCUUGUUCGUGGUGGAUCUUUCUCUGCCUGAGCCGUGGACUCAAGUGGACGAUUUAAAAUACGAACUGGAGAUGUAUGAAGAGGGCCUGUCUGAGCGGCCCCACGCAAUCGUUGCAAAUAAGAUUGACCUCCCUGAAGCCCGAGCCAAUCUGUCCCAGCUCCGGGAUCACUUGGGGCAGGAGGUCAUCGCACUGUCAGCGGUGACCGGUGAGAACCUGGAGCAGCUGCUGCUGCACCUGAAGGUGCUGUAUGACGCCUACCUGGAGGCCGAGCGGGGCCAGGGCCACGAGCCUCUCAGGUGGUAGCUGCGGCAGAGCGGGUGACUUCUGGGCCUCUGGCCGAGCAAACGCGGGUGUGAACUCGGUGGCUUCGAAUGCAUAAACAAAGUGCCUUGUGGACACGG